AUACCGCAAAGACUAUCAUUAUCAUACAAAAUAAAUUCAAAGCCUCUGGAAGUAAACACGGAUAUAAUUUUCAAGGUUGCAUUGCGCAGUGAGGAAACAAAACUUGAUGUGGAGACAAAACAACGAUUUUCUCUCACUCAAGCCAGAGGAGCCCACCAUGGGUUCAAAAUGAGUGCUGCAUGGUAACCUCUGCCUCCAUUGAGUAUAGUGCAGAGUGCUGGACUGCUGUCAAGACCUAGGUGCACCUUCAGCAUGUGGCCCCCUAGUAGAGAACAGAUGUGGCGUGUGGUGGCAGCAGCGGUGGCGGUGGCAGCCCUGGCCCACCACACUUCAGCGGAUGUCGUGGUGAAGAAGGGUAACCAAACAGUGACUGUGUUUGAAGACUCCCCAGCCAGCUUUGGCCCUUUGAUAUCCUUAGAUGGAUUCCAGGGUGUGGCAAUAGCGGUGGAUCCCCCUGAUGCCUGCAAACUGCCUCUUGGCCCCCCUAGUCCUGAUGUCUCCAAGUAUUAUGGCCCGUGGAUUGCAGUAGUGAGAAGGUACAACUGUUCCUUCACUGACAAGGUUCUCAAUGCUCAGCGGGUCGGCUACCAUGCUGUUAUAGUCUACAAUGUCGGCUCCAAUGAGUUGUUACGCAUGGGCAGCAAUGACUCCACAGUAGCCAGCCAGGUGGAAAUCCCCUCUGUCUUCAUUGGUGCAGAGAACGGCUUCCUGAUCACAAAGCGCUUCUCCUACAAAACUGGCUUCCCAAUUAAGUAUUACCUGGAAGUGACGGAUGACCUGCCCUUCAACUUAGCAAACUACCUGGUGCCCUUUGCCAUCACCAUAGCCAUCUGCUUCAUAGUGAUGCUCUCUUUUAUGAUUGUGAAGUGCGUGAGGGAUUACCGUCGCUCCCGUCGUCACCGCCUCUCCUCCCGUUCUCUCAAGAAGCUUCCCAUCCAUAAGUUCAAGAAGGGCGACCCGUAUGAGUGCUGCGCCAUCUGCCUCGAAGAUUACGUGGACAAUGACAAACUGCGAGUCCUUCCCUGUGAACAUGCUUACCACUCAAAGUGUAUUGACCCGUGGCUGACCAAGAACAGGCGUGUGUGUCCAGUGUGCAAGAGGAAGGUUUUCACAGGGGACGAGCCGGGCCAUGACCUUGAGACAGACUCUGAGGACGAGACCAGCCCUUUAAUUAACUCUGAGGGAGGGACACAGGGUGGUACCUUUGCCAAUCAGAGGGUUUUAGAAGUGAAAGGAGGUGGAGAUGAUGAAACUCAUUCCUUUGCGCAGGAGAAUCCAUUCGUGGAGGCUCUGAGGCAAGUGGAUGAGCAGAGGCGGAACAGGAGGCGGAGGAGGGUGUCCCGCAACGUGGAGUGUGGACCCGAGGGUUACCAGCGGUUAGCAGAGUCGUCUUCUGGGGAGGAUGAAGAUGAGGAAGAGGAAGAGGCACAGGAGAGGCAGGAUGAGAGUGCCACUAGUCCUUCCACCAACCAAACUGCCUCAGGAGGAGAAGAGAAGGCAGGUGGAGAAGCCAAGGACCCCACUACUGUCACUGUGGUGGUGCACGACGCUGCCACCCGAAGGGACACUCCCACUGAUACUUCCAGCCUAAUGAGUUACGGCACUCCUCCUGGCCCUGUGCAGAUUGCCGUGGACAUUGUCAACUCCACAGACUCCUCCACUGCUGGGAGUCAGCCGGCGCCUCCACCCCAGUCCUCCAGUGAUGCCAGAUCUGAUCAUGAUUAUGUAGUCUGAGUGUGAUCAGAGCUGAAAAACAGAAUAUCCAAUAUCCAAGGUUUGUUGAUUAUUGUUAGUCUUUACACAAGUUGUUGUUUGCAUAAUGUAGUUCUUGAAGGACUUACAUGAACUGGGCUAAACUAAGCAACAUGUCUGUGACUAAUGUUUGUUGUAAGUCUUAGUACAUAACUAUAGUAUUUUUAUAUAAGAUGACAACGAUUCGUUUUUGUUUCACUUUCGUCAAGCAGUGUAAACAUUUCUGAUUUGUAGGAAAAUAUAACAAAGAGUUGAGAUCCUGAAAUCUUGUCCAGAAAUAAUUCAACAUCCAUUACAAAAUGUGUUGUUUUUUGUGUAAUGUUCAUAUUUAGAGAAGGCAAUGAAUGCUUUAAGUCACUGUUACUAUAGCAGAGAUGGUGCCCCUCAGUCUUAGUGACUUUUAAGAAAACUGCAUCCUUAGUGUACAGAGCUCAGAGGUUUUACGAGUAUAUUCUUAACUGAUGGUGUUGGCUGAGCUACACUUGCCUGUGGUAAUGGUUGUGAGGUGUGUCACCUACUUGGUUAGCACACCUUUGCCAACACUUCCAAGAACCGAGACUUGAUGCCACAGACCUCAAAGAGAGAAAGAGAGAGAGGGUUGUCUGUUUUAUUUAGGAAAUAUUAUAAUUGAGGUAUUUUCAACAUAUUUAGAUAUUUCAAUGAUUUUUAUUUUCUCUCUCUCUCUCUCUCUCUCUCUCUCUCUCUCUCUCUCUCUCUCUCUCUCUCUCUCUCUCUCUCUC